GAUGGUGAGUCGGGGAUAAACACUCCGCGGCGGUGGCGGCUGCUGCUGCUCUUCGGGUUCUGUCACGGUGUUGGCGGUGCCCAGCUCACCGGCCCCCUCCCCCUUCCUGCGAGCGUGGUCGCCAGAGGGGCUCUCUCAACUCUGCUUUGCCGGUCCACAGCAGGGCUUGGGUGUCCGGCGUCGGCUGCGAGCCCGUGGGCAGUGGGGGUUGGUCCCGUGGCUCCGGCCCCCGGUGCAGAAUGGCGGCGGCGGUUCGGAUGAACAUCCAGAUGCUGCUGGAGGCGGCCGACUACCUGGAGCGGCGGGAGAGAGAAGCUGAACAUGGUUAUGCCUCCAUGUUACCAUACAAUAACAAGGACAGAGAUGCCUUAAAACGGAGGAGCAAAUCCAAGAAGAAUAACAGCAGCAGCAGAUCAACUCACAAUGAAAUGGAAAAAAAUAGACGGGCCCAUCUUCGCUUGUGCCUGGAGAAGCUGAAGGGGCUAGUGCCGCUUGGGCCCGAAUCAAAUCGACACACUACACUGAGUUUAUUAACAAAAGCCAAAUUGCACAUAAAGAAACUUGAAGAUUGUGACAGAAAAGCCAUUCACCAAAUAGACCAGCUUCAGCGAGAGCAGCGACACCUGAAGAGGCAGCUGGAGAAACUGGGCAUCGAGAGGAUACGGAUGGACAGCAUCGGCUCCACGGUCUCCUCGGAGCGCUCAGACUCCGACAGGGAAGAAAUCGAUGUGGACGUUGAAAGCACAGACUAUCUCACGGGUGAGUUGGACUGGAGCAGCAGCAGCGUGAGUGAUUCUGACGAGCGGGGAAGCAUGCAGAGCCUCGGCAGUGACGAGGGCUACUCCAGCUCCAGCAUCAAGAGAAUAAAGCUCCAGGACAAUCACAAGACGUGUCUUGGUCUAUAAGAGAGAGUGGUCGCUUCGGCUGCCCCCCGGAUGGUUCUCCCUGUCGGAUCUGAUUAGGUAGUGUAUUGGACCUGCCCACAAUUCCCUUGCACGUAAAUUUCAGUGUACCACCUUUACCAAAAUCAGCUUUGUAAACGUUUUCAAGGAAGUGCUUAGGAUUGUGGGUUUCUGAUUGCAUCUACUAGCUUCUCUUUCUCUCCAUAAAAAUUCGUCUCUGAGAGACUGUACAUUCCAAUCAAUUUGAAGCACCCAAGAAUUCUUAGACGGAAUAAGCAACUUUCACAUCUCAGCAAUUUUGCCCUCUUAUUUACUGUCCCUAUGUAGCCUACCAGACCUUUCUUAAAGUUUUCUGGCUUACUGUGUUACUUGCCUAGCAGAAAUGUACGAAUGUGUCUUGUGCUUAGGAAACUGAAGGAAACAAACUUCUGAAGUUGAGAUCCUGAUCUCAGAACUCCAAAGUAAGCUUUGAAAGCAGCAUUUAAGAGCACUUCACCAUGGACCUCACGGCAGUGAGGAGCCCGAAAUACCUCCAGAAAGCACCCCCACACACACCCCGCGCUCACCCCCCGACCCGCGUGUGGAUGGGAGCAGUAUUUCUCACUCUAAAGCGGACACCUGGAGAGCAUGUCUUUGGGGUUGCACAGCUCAUAAAAGUUCUGAUAUUGUUUGUUCUCACAAACAAAACGGCACAAUCUGUUUUUGUGUGCUGUUCUUGGGACCGCACUGUGUACUGCUACCCCCAAGGCACAUGUCCCCUCAAAGUUUGUUAUGCUACUUGUCUCUGGAACAUUUUUUUUUCCUACCUCAGAGAUAAAUGAGAUCUCCAUUUCCCACUUAACACAGUGAUUAUGCCUUUUUCCCCCCGAAUAAGUGACAUUUGGUCCAAUUCUAAUCUAUUUUCCUAUUUAACUUUCAGCAAUAACUGAGCUUUGGCACUAGUUGAGCUAGUGUCCAUCAUCAGUGAAAGGAAAAAUCCAUAUUUCUACUCUAUGUCGCAGGUGAACAGGAGGGGAUGGUACAGUGUUACUAGAAUUCCUCUCAUUAUUUUUGGACACACCCAGAAACUUCUUUAUGGAGACUUUUGGGUUGAUAGUUUAAAAGGCUGAUUUUUCUUUUUUGGUUAUUUCUCCCUUAAGUGGUCUCCCACUUUGUAGCAUUUUUAUUUAAGCUAAAACAGAGCACAUGUAUAUGUACAUAAGACACAUUAAAUCUAUAAAUACUAUUUAUUCAUUUUAUAUAAACUAAUGUAAUGGAAAAUAAAUUCUUAUGACUUUGUGCUUUUAUAGAUGUUCUAGAAACUUUGUAUGUAGGUACCUACCAAACUGGUUCAUUCCCCUUAAUAUUUUUGCAUUCAUAUUUUUGAGGUCUUGGUGUUUUCAGCCUCUGGCAAAUCUUUUUCAUUGAAUUUGAACCAUUUGUAAAAUCUGUGACGCUGAAACAGAGUGUGUGUCACAAAGCGAUGAGAACAUUCCUAAAAUCCACAGACGCACUGCAACCUAAGGGCUCAACGGCUGAGCCGGUAGCGGGCGGCCGCCCCGUGCUCCCGGCUGGCCUGCGGUCUCGCACGCCACAGCCUCCGCUCGACGCCACCACCUUCCACACAACCACACGUUCCAACGCACUCUACACGGAAGCUCAUUCCAGACGUGAAGAGCAGUGUAAACAAAGCAAGAUUACUUUUGUUUUUCUUUUUAAUGAUUCUUUAAUGUAUUUUUUAAAUUUUUAAUUGGAAGUAGUGGAUUGCUAAAUGAUCCUAAAGUCACGUGUAACUCUUUUGUUUUUGUUUUGUUCUGGUUUUUCCUUCAUUUCAGCUUUGGGGGGGGGGGCAGAUGACACAAAGGAUUUUUUUUUAUUAUUAUUGGAAUCUUUUCCAAUUACCAGCUGAAGAUUUGCACUGAAAUACAACUUGUAUGCCUUUUGCAUUUUUAAAGCCUGCUUCCUGAAUUUAAGCAGAGUGAUAGUGUUCAAAGAGCCAGCUCAGCCUGUAACACGUUUGAAAAAGAUAUAUCUGCACUUUGAGGUCCCUUUCGAAUGCCAUUCGCUCGACCUCGCAAGCAUUUUGUUUAAUUGCUACGUUCAAGCGCCUCAAGUCCACGAUGCUGGAUGGCAUCGAAAACUCAAGACUUUGGGAAAAGCUUGUGGGCUUGCAUUGGGGGAGGGAAGGGAACGAAAUCUGUGUAUUUAAUUUAGAAAUAGGCAUCUGCGAGAUGCCAUUUUCUGUGUUUUAAUUGUUGUGCCUUUGAGUUAAACUGCAUUUUUGUCUUUUGGUUGAAAUAUGAAAUGUACUGUCCCAAUAUAAAACAGUAAUUAUUUGACCUUU